GCUAGUGCGGUGGCGGCCAUUUUGCUAAAUUCAGAUUCGGAUUACAGUAUUUCUCGCUGUAAGUUCCGUCUGUUCCCGGCGCGAUAGACUCAUUAUUAUUUUUCCUCUUAACAUCAGGAUCGAUUCGAGAGUAGAAGAAUUAGCUAGAUUUAACGACCAGAUCGGCUGCUACUCGACGAAAUCUUCCGAGGAAACAUAUAUACCUUCGUCUCUUCGAGAGUAGCUAAGAAACAUUUAGCCGCACGAGAGCGCUGCAGAGGCUCUGUGUACCGAGGAGAAAGAAAAGGAAAGUCGAGAAGAGAGAGUGAUAGAACUAGUCAAGAAGAGACACUGAACCGUGGGAAAAGCGCGACGGGAGCGCGGCUGAACGAACAACCAGGAGAAAGAGAGAGAGAGAGAAAGAGAGAGAUAAUGAACAAGCGGCGCAUGCCGUAGCCACGGCCCCCAACUUGCUCUAAACUCGUGCAGCCUGUCGCGCUGUCGGUCGAAUUUUAAUGGCGGCUCGUUCCGAUUCUUUCUGUUUAGUAGUGUUAUUAUAAAGCGGCGGACGGUAUUUCUACAGCCUUAUAUGUUACCGAACCGAACGAUAUGGGGUUCCAGUGAAUCUCAGUGUUUAGUGUUUGUUUCAUCAAGUUCGGGGACUUGUAUCGAGCCUUGUAUCAAGGACAUGGUGCAUAUCCGCGAUGUGUCGUAGCGACCCUUGCGUACGAACAUUCCAUCGUGCAGUCGUGUUCUACGCUUUGGCUUUUUCGUGAAAACCAGAAAUACUGAUUGCAAACAACGAAUUCGAGGGUGUCCAGUCUCUUGCGUAUUGUUUCAUAUACGUAGCGUACGUGUAUUCGUCCUGAAAAGCGACGAAAGCUGCACGGGCCGACCGAUGAUCAUAUCAGAACAAACGAGUCGAAGCUGCGAGCUUUUUUCAUCUCGGAGCCGAUUAUCGAUAGAGAGCAGAACAUCCUUGCCUUUGUGCGAAGACACUGGUCUUAGCUGUCAAGUGCAGCUAUGCUGCUCACACUAAUGAAGGGCGGUGUGUGGAACCUGCCUGGUGUUACUCGAAAAGUGUGGAGCCAUCUGUCCUACCUUGACAUCGUCGUCGGGAUGUUUUAAUACCGAAAUUGAGCUACCAGGCAAUGAGCAUCAUGACAGUGCCUGGAUACAUGUAUACUUGGUAGUUUUGCAUUAUUACUGGCCAUCUACCAGUACGAUUCACACCCUUAUUAUACCUUCUACGCUUCCUACCCUAGACUUGUACACGCACAAACGCACACGCUUAGCGUGUGCGCAUGUGCUUUGUAAAAUACUGUUCACACAACAUGAGAUUCUUGGGAUUUGUAUCAUUUUCGACUUCGCCUAUGGUACCAUUAUCUUCUAAGCUGCUACUGCAGUCGCAUCGAUUGUCCUUUUCAUCGAUGUCUAUUGCCACAUGGUUUUUGGUAGUAUUGGUAACUGCAGCCAUAGAUACACCAACGAGUACUGCUCCACCUGUACAAGAAAACAAAUCUUUACAUGUAAUUGCACAAUUUCCUGCGGGAGAUGGUCAACGAUAUGGAUUUUAUCCUCUAGAUCCGAAUACAACGAGAGAAGGUGCCCUUCGAUUUAAUCACCUUACUAUAGACCCUGUUACAGGAAGACUGUAUGCAGGUGCCAUUAACAGAUUACUACAGUUAGAUUCUAAUUUGAGACUGGAAGAAUAUGUUUCUACAGGACCAAGAAUGGAUAAUCCUCAGUGUCAUGCAACAGGCUGCCCUUCUAGGGACAUAACAACAUCUUUAAUGAACAAUGUGAACAAAUUACUAAUCGCCGACAUUGAAUCACAAACAUUGAUCGCUUGUGGUUCUCUCCUCCAAGGUGCUUGCGAAAAGUACAAAAUGUCUAACAUAUCCAUUAAGCCAGAGUUCAUUCCCCAUAGUGUAGCAGCUAAUGACGAAACUUCCUCUACAUAUGCUUUUAUUGGACCUGAAAGAUACAAUGCAUGGGGUCAAACAAAUAUUCUUUAUGUUGGCACUACAUUUACUAAUAGAGGAGACUAUCGGCACGACGUGCCUGCCAUUUCUAGCAGAAACUUGCACAAUUUAGAGUUUGCUGAAUAUACAUUUAACAAGCAGUCAAUAGUAUACAUUGAUGUUAAAUAUCGAGAUCACUUUCUGGUCAAAUAUGUAUAUGGUUUCAAUGCAAGCGAUUACGCGUACUUUGUGUUGGUGCAAAAGAAGUCUUUUCUUCCCGAAGAAGAGGAACGAGGUUACAUCUCCAGAUUAGCUCGAAGUUGUAUAAGUGAUCCAAAUUAUGAUAGUUACACGGAGGUGACAUUGGAGUGCACUGUUGAUCUCGGAGACGGGAAACAACAUUAUUAUAAUUUAGUACAAGAUGCUAAGGUUGCACCAGCUGGGAGUGACAUAGCUAUGCAACUGGGAAUUUCCGUCGGAGACCCUAUCUUUGUGUCUGUAUUUUCACCAAGCAGAAAUAUAAAUAACGAACCAUUAUCUCGUUCAGCCAUUUGCGUGUACAGUUUGCAAGAUAUUGAAAUGAAAUUUAAUGAAAAUAUCCACAUGUGUUUUAAUGGUAGCAUCAAAUAUAGAAAUAUGGGUUAUAUCAGUGGUCCUAUACAGGAUGGGAAGUGUCCCACAGCAGGAACAACAGGUAACAUUUUAAACUUUUGCGAAGUGGGCUUGAAAAUCUCUGGAUCAUCGCCAAUCGUAGGACAAGCGAUUUUGCAUUUUCCCGACGAAUUCAUUACCUCUAUUACAAUAGCCAAUACCGAAAGUCACACUGUAGCAUUUCUGGGAACAAACGAAGGAGUUCUUAAAAAAGUUUUGCUCUCUGGAACUGAAGCAUUUGUCUAUGAAAGCAUCGUGAUCGAUAAGGGGAAUACAAUAAUGCCAGACAGUUUGAUUUCACCUGACGGAGAACACAUUUACAUUUUAUCAAGUUCUAAAAUUUCAAAAGUUCAAGUAGAACAUUGUAGUAGCUAUACUAACUGUAGUAGCUGUCUCGACGCGAAGGAUCCUUAUUGUGGCUGGUGUUCUCUGGAGAAAAGAUGCACGGUCCGAGGGAAUUGCCAAAAGGCGAGUCACAGUAGUCCAAGAUGGCUUUCUCUAGGCACUGGCCAACAGUGCAUUGAUUUCGAACAAGUCCUCCCAGACCGCAUGCCUAUCAAUCAAAUGACCACAGUUCAUUUGACUAUCAGAACUCUGCCCGAGUUACCAGCAGGUGCUAACUAUAAGUGCGUGUUUGGUAACGCGGAGCCCAUCGACGCAUUGAUGACCGUUUUUGGAUUAUCGUGUCCCACACCGCCCGUUAUGGAGAGACCUAAUAUAUCUGAAGGGGCCGACCAUGUCUUGGUACCGCUCUCUGUGCGUUCCAGUGAGACAAACAAAGAUUUUGUUUCACGGAAUUUUGCAUUCUUUGAUUGCUCUAGACACACGGUGUGCACUGAGUGCGUGAAAUCUCAGUGGCCUUGCAGUUGGUGUGUAUACGACAAUAAAUGUACACACAAUACAAGCUGCCAGGGUAUUAUAUCAGGGGAGAAUAAUCAGGCCCAUUUAGCUGCACACGGGGUACAGUAUUGCCCAAGAUUCGUUCAACGCAAGGAACCAUUGAUGUUACCGAACAGCGUUCCCAAAGAGAUAGUACUCGAAGUAGAGAAUCUGCCUCAUCCUCAAGUUGGUCACAGCGGUUUCCAAUGUAUCGUUUCCAUCGAAGGUGCCAAUCUGAAAGUACAAGCCCGUGUCGACAGCAGUCGCUUCAUAGUUUGCGAUAAAACAGUCUACUCCUAUGAGGCGGUUACUGGUGAAUACGAGGCGGAGGUGACGGUCGUUUGGAACAUAAAUCAUCAUGUCGACAAGACUACCAUUAAGCUCUAUAAGUGUGAAGUGUUGGGUUCGCAUCGCGAGCACGCAGACUGUUCCCUUUGUGUGACCAGGGACGUUCGUUUCGAAUGUACUUGGUGCGGCAACAGUUGCGUGUACAGACAUUCGUGUUUACAUUCGCCGUUCACCGAAUGUCCGAAACCAAGGAUAGACAUGAUAAAGCCCCUCAGUGGACCGAUCGAGGGUGGGACCUUGGUAACCAUCGAAGGUAGUAACUUGGGAUUAAAAGAGAGCGACGUGGAGGGAAAGAUCCAUAUUGGUAACACGUCCUGCGCUCUGGUUGACUACGAAGUUUCCGUUCGCAUAGUUUGCCGCACUGGUCGGCACGAGGCUACCGAUACAGCGUCUGUAGUGGUCGGCAACGACGCCGGUUACACGGACAGCGGGGUGCUAUUUAAUUACAAGGACAUACACUUGUCUGGUGUCUAUCCGUCGGUUGGUCCGCAAAGUGGUGGCACGCAGCUCGCCAUCACUGGCAUGUAUUUAAAUAUCGGCAGUACCAUCUCAGCCUACUUGGACGAGCUACCGUGCCACGUGAACGCUACACAGGCAAGCAGUACGAGACUGACUUGUGUCACCAGCAAAUCCGACCGAGUGAGAAGAGUGGAAAGACUGACGUUAAGCAUAGACGGUGCGAACCGGACGUUAGUCGGCAACCCGUACAACUAUACUCACGACCCUACGAUCAUGGAAAUCAAACCGUUGACCAGCUUCGCUUCGGGCGGUCGUAUGAUCACUGUACACGGCACCAAUCUGGACACCAUACAGAAACCUGAAAUGGAAGUUUACUUCGACAAUGAACCGCUGCCAGUAAAUAGAACAGUUUGCACUGUACUGAAUCCUACUCAAAUGGAGUGUCCUAGUCCUAGCGUUGCCAAGCGAUUUAUGUCUUUGAGACGCAUGAGGCGAGCGGCCGUUAACGGUCAGAGUUCACCGGUGCAGUCGUUGAAACUGAAAGAAUCUCAGUUGUCUCUGAGAAUAGCAUUCAUCAUGGACAACGUGGAGAGCGUGAGGGAUUUGGAGAAGCAUUUUCAAAAUCUUAGGAACCGCUUGUUAUACGUCGAGGAUCCCAAGUUCCUCGCGUUUCCGCGGAACAUUAAAUUAUACAAGGGCGACACGCUGGUCAUCGAGGGGGAGAACUUGAUUUUUGCCAGCGACGAGUCCGACGUGAACGUCACGGUGGGAGCGAUGCCGUGUAACGUGACUUCGCUCGCUUCCACUCAGUUAGUCUGCAUUCCACCCGACCAACAACCCGCGGACACGGACGAACUUGGGAUUAAAACUGAGAACGGUUUGCCGCUGGUUGUGGUAAGAGUAGGGAGAAGUUUGCGCUUCCCUAUCGGUCAUCUGCGAUACGAAGUAAUUAAAUCUUACCCAAUUCCUCCGGAAGCAAUCGCUGGUAUCGCAGCCGGCACGUUCAGUCUUGUGUUUCUAUUCGUUUUGGUGUUGAUCAUCUAUAGAAGGAAAAGCACACAGGCAGAGAGAGAGUACAAGAGGAUACAAAUACAAAUGGACACGCUCGAGAGCAACGUUAGGAUGGAAUGCAAACAAGCGUUCGCCGAGUUGCAAACAGACAUGACCGAUUUAACAGCCGAUUUGGAAUCUUCCGGUAUCCCUACCUUGGAUCACAAGAACUACAUUAUGAAAGUAUUUUUUCCUGGCGUCACGCAUCAUCCGAUAUUGAAUGAUCCCAGAUCUCGUAGCAACGUUUCUCGAACAAAUUACGACGCGGCCAUGAUCCAGUUCGAACAACUGAUUAACAAUAAGUACUUUGUAUUGACAUUCAUCGAAACUCUAGAGGCUCAAAAAGACUUUAACAUUAGAGAUAAAGUGAACGUUGCAUCCUUACUUAUGGUAGUUCUGAUGGGCAAAAUGGAGUACGCGACCGACAUACUUAUGAACCUUCUGCUGAGACUGAUCGAAAAAGCCGUGAACACUAAACACCCACAGUUGAUGUUGAGGAGGACGGAAUCUGUGGUGGAGAAGAUGCUCACGAACUGGAUGGCGCUUUGUAUGUACAAUUACUUGAAAGACUAUGCAGGUUCCUCGCUAUUUUUACUUUUCAAGGCAAUAAAACACCAGAUAGAGAAAGGUCCUGUGGAUGUGAUAACCCACGACGCCAGAUAUUCUCUGUCCGAGGAGAGACUUCUUCGGGAGCAGAUCGAGCAUAGCAUUGUCACCUUGCACGUCGUCCAGGAUGAUCUUGACGAGAAAAUACAGUGCAAGGUUCUAGAUUGUGAUACUAUAAACCAAGUGAAAUCUAAGAUCCUAGACGCUCUCUAUAAGAAUACUCCUUUCUCGCUAAGGCCGUCCGUUCACGAUGUAGAUUUGGAAUGGAGACAUGGCAGGGGUGGCCACUUGACCCUUCAGGACGAAGAUCUGACGACGAAGUGCAGCGGAGAGUGGAAAAAGAUAAACACUUUGGCACACUACGGUGUGAAAGAGUCGGCAGUGAUGUCAUUGAUACCCAGGCAGAACGACGGGUUCUCUGUGGCGUGCAAACCACCAUGUCACAAUUGCAAGCCUUCUCAUUACCAUCAUCAGCAGCAACCGAUUCAUCAUCAUUCGCACCACCACCAUCUGCAUCGUCACGCGAAUCAUUGUUCGUCCACGCAUCUUCCAUCCACACCUAAUCACAAUUUAAUCAGUCCUAUAAUGUACAAUCAUCCUGUUAGCGGUAUGUAUUUCGAAUCUCAGCACUCGCCGCCCAUUAUAACUGCGAACGGCGACGUUGAGAGCGGUCACGGUGGUAAUCAACGACUAUAUCAUUUAGUAAGGCCUAUAGAAGACAGCCAGUACCCGCCGGGAAUGGGUUUCACCGGAAGCAAACACCACCAUCCGGAACGAACACACAAAGCCAUACCGGAGAUAUUUUUAACGAGACUAUUGUCGACGAAAGGCACCGUGCAGAAAUUCGUCGACGAUUUCCUGAACACGAUACUGUCCGCGAACGAGGCGUUGCCCAGUGCUGUAAAAUGGUUGUUCGAUCUCCUCGACGAGGCCGCGAAGCAACACGGUAUCGUGGACCCAGAAGUGCCCCACGCAUGGAAAUCGAACAGUUUACCGCUUAGAUUUUGGGUGAAUUUUAUUAAAAAUCCAGACUUCAUGUUCGAUAUAAAUAAAUCGACGACAGUCGACUCGAGUCUUUCCGUCAUAGCGCAAACAUUCAUGGACUCGUGUUCGAUGACGGAGCACAGGCUAGGAAAGGAUUCGCCCUCUAACAAGUUACUUUUUGCGAAAGACAUACCGCACUAUCGGGAAAAAGUUGGUCGGUUUUAUACAGAUGUACAGAGACUACCGCAAAUUACUGAUCAAGAAAUGUCUAGUGCCAUGCAACAGUUAAGUGCGUCGCAUGCAAACGAGUUCGAUGUGAUCGCGGCGCUAAAGGAACUUUACAUCUAUGUCAGCAAGUAUUAUGAACAACAAUGCUCAAGUAUUCUGUUGCUAAUUCCAAAAAUGUCGACACGUUGA